AUCCAAAGUACGAUGGGCCGAAUUUAGCAGGCAUGGUUGGUGGCGGGUACUGAGGAGCAAGGUGCAAAGACCAAGUCUAGGACUAUAAAACAGCAUAAAUGGGGAUCACCCAGAAGGUAGAAUUGCGUGUUUCUCUCAAACCAGAUGGAAGCGACAGAAGCUACCAACGAGUUUCAAAAGAAAGGCACGAAGCGUAAGAAGGGAGUGGAAGAUAGUAGUAAGAAAUCAUGCGAUGCGGGUGCUCCCCGUACUACGCGUUCUCAGGUAGCCCCAGACUGGACCACUAAGGAAGCACUCAUUCUUGUUAACGAGAUUGCUGCUGUUGAAGGAGAUUGUUUAAGAGUUCUGUCUUCCUACCAGAAAUGGAAAAUUAUAGUGGAAAAUUGUACUGUGUUGGAUGUACCACGCACUGCUAAUCAGUGUAGGAGCAAGUGGAAUUCCUUGCUGGCUGAGUACAACCAGAUCAAACAAUGGGAUUCCAAGUCCAAGACCGAUUCUUAUUGCUUUUUGGGUUGUGAAAAGAGAAAACAAUUAGGACUUCCAGAGAAUUUUGAUGAGGAGCUCUUCAAAGCUAUUGACGAUUAUGUAAGGGCACAGAAGAACUGCCCCGAUACUGAUCCAGAUACUGAUACGGAAGCACAGGCUGACCUGCUUGGUGUAAUCGCAAAACUUGGGUCCAAAAAAAAACUUAGAACCCUACUGGGAGAAAAGCCUCAGAAUUGCUGCAGAAAGGAACCACAUCUGGAAGUCCAUACUGAAGAGGAGCCUCAGAAUAGUUUGAAGGAAGAAAAUCCUCAGAUGUGCUGUGAAAAGGAAAAGCCUCAGAAUAUCCAUGCAGAAGAGAUGCCUCAGAAGACUCUUAUGGAAGAGAAGCCUAAAAAUGACUACAUGCAAAAAAAGAAGAUGACUGCUGCAGAAGAAAUGGAGCAUAUGAUGGUGGAGAGGCUGCGAGAGAAUGCAGAAUUGAUUCAUGCUAUGGUUCAAACCAACCUUCCUGAGGUAGCAGACUUUGGGGCCACAGAUUUUGUAAGAGGUCAAGGGGACAAGAUUAUUGCUCGCCUUGGAGAUAUUGUAAACAUCCUUAACCAAUAUCCUCACCUUGCCCAAGCAAGUGACUAGCUGCUGAAUCUCGUUAAAUUUAGCUUUCACAGUACUGGUGGGCUUUUGUAGCUAUCUUGACUAGAACUAAUGGAAUUAACUGUUGCUGUCUAGCUCUA